AUGAGCUCCCCUGGCACGGAGGGCGCAGGGAAAAGCCUGCAGUACCGAGUGGACCACCUGCUGAGCGCCGUGGAGAGCGAGCUGCAGGCUGGCAGCGAGAAGGGCGACCCCACGGAGCGCGAGCUGCGCGUGGGCCUGGAGGAGAGCGAGCUGUGGCUGCGCUUCAAGCAGCUCACCAACGAGAUGAUCGUCACCAAGAACGGCAGGAGGAUGUUCCCUGUCCUGAAGGUGAACGUGUCUGGCCUGGACCCCAACGCCAUGUACUCCUUCCUGCUGGACUUCGUGGCAGCCGACAACCACCGCUGGAAGUACGUGAACGGGGAGUGGGUGCCGGGGGGCAAGCCCGAGCCGCAGGCGCCCAGCUGUGUCUACAUCCACCCGGACUCCCCCAACUUCGGGGCGCACUGGAUGAAGGCGCCGGUGUCCUUCAGCAAAGUCAAGCUCACCAACAAACUCAACGGAGGGGGCCAGAUCAUGUUGAACUCCUUACAUAAGUAUGAGCCUCGAAUCCACAUAGUGAGAGUUGGGGGUCCGCAGCGCAUGAUCACCAGCCAUUGCUUCCCGGAGACCCAGUUCAUCGCUGUGACGGCUUAUCAGAAUGAGGAGAUCACAGCUCUUAAAAUUAAAUACAAUCCAUUUGCAAAAGCUUUCCUUGAUGCAAAGGAAAGAAGUGAUCACAAAGAUAUGAUGGAAGAACCUGGAGACAGCCAGCAAUCUGGGUACUCCCAAUGGGGGUGGCUUAUUCCUGGAACCAGCACCCUGUGUCCACCAGCCACCCCCCACCCUCAGUUUGGAGGCCCCCUCUCACUUCCCGCCUCGCACGGCUGUGAAAGGUACCCCGCCCUGAGGAACCACCGUCCGUCCCCCUACCCCAGCCCUUACGCGCAUCGCAACAACUCUCCAACCUAUUCCGACAAUUCCUCUGCAUGUUUAUCCAUGCUCCAAUCCCAUGACAAUUGGCCCAGCCUUGGAAUGCCUGCUCAUACCAGCAUGCUCCCCAUGAGUCCUAACACGGGUCCACCUGCUGGCUCUAGUCAGUACCCCAGCCUGUGGUCUGUGAGCAACGGCACCAUCACGCCAGGCGCCCAGACGGCGGCGAUGUCCAACGGGCUGGGAGCCCAGUUCUUUCGAGGUUCCCCCACACACGCUGCACCCCUCGCCCACCCGGUCUCGGCUCCUUCCUCCUCGGGAUCCCCACUGUAUGAAGGGACCGCCACGGCCACAGACAUUCCUGACAGCCAGUACGAUGCCUCGGCCCAAGCUCGCCUCAUAGCCUCAUGGACACCUGUGUCGCCGCCUUCCAUGUGA